AUGUUGGGGGCUGAGGCUGAGGUGCCCAGUGCCAUUGGAUCCAGGUCUGAGGCAGAAGACGAGGAGGAACAUGAGGAUGAGGAGGAAGGUGAGGAGGAAGGUGAGGAGGAAGGUGAGAAGGAAGGGACAGAUGGAGAAGAAGCAUCAGAGAGACCUCCUUUGCCAAUGAAGAAGAACGGGAGUGUGCAUGUGACAGACAUGCGAAAGCAGGUGGUCCUCAUGGGCCAUAAGAUCCCCUGUUCCACUUGUGGCAAUCGUAAUGAUUGCUGUAAGGACAUGGAGAGCUGUGAAUACUUCCAUCUCUUUCAGCAUGACAUGGACUAG